AUGCAUAAUACAAAGAUCAUGUUCGGAAGCCGCCUGGAAGCAGCGCUUGCCGGCCCAGAACUGACGCCGGAGGCUGCCGCUGUCAUGCGCACCAACAAAGCUCGCGCCCAGGCCGCUCAGUUUCUGAUGCAAGACGGUGAUAGCACAGCGCCGCUGCCGCCGCUGGACCCGUCUCAGCGCACCUCCCUGCACCGACAGCUGCGGAGCCGCUACAACCCUUCGCAGAUUCCCUUUUCCUCUCUGUCGUGCUCGAAGUACAUAACGGCGAACGAUGUGGAACAAUUGGCGAGGGUCUUUCAUCAGUUCAACUUAUUUGCUGUGAGCGUGCCCGCCGUGGAGACCGCUGCGCCGUCUAGAUCACGCCGCAGCAGCCCGAUUGGAACGAUGAUGGGAGGACGAGAUGCCACCGCUGCUACACCUUCCACAGAACGAGAAGCAAAUGGCGCUGCCGCUCGCAGCCCAUCGAUGGCGGCGCCGGAGACGCGUGCGUCGAACGCCAGGUCGACGUCCUCUUCCGUCUCCUCCCUCGCUGCGCUUCUUUCACAGCGGCGCACAAGCGCCAUCCCUCCCCCUGUGCGCAACUGGCGGGUCGGGGAGUGCGUUUUUCAAGGCGACGGGAUGGCGCUGCUGCGGGAUGUUGUCGAGCCGCCGCCGCCGCCGCGCGUGACGGAGUCGGUGCGUCUGUCAUUGCAGAUGGACGGCGGCGCGCGGUCCCGCUCUCCUCAGCCAGACGGGACGCCAUUGCCCCCUCCUGCGCCGUCGACACCCGCGAGUACCGCUGGCGCAGCGUUGUUGGCGCCUCCGACGCGCGUCGCAGCCGUGGCCGCAUCCUACACUAACAAAGCUGCUACCAAUACCGCCACUGCAGCUGCUGCUGCGAUCGCUGAUGGCCGCGAUCUCGCUGAGCCGUUUACCUCCGAGAGCAACGAUUGCGCGAUGACGAUGGACUGGUUGGUGGAGGUGCUCUUGGAGAUGAUCCUGGCGAACUACGAUGCAGCAAAUCGAAAAGGUCCGCAUGUCAAUGCAAGCGACGCCGACGUGGAGAGCAUCGAGAGAAGGUUGGCGAGCACGAUGGCGGGGGGGCCAUUCCAGCACCUAGCCAGCACCCAACCCCCCGUCGGCGACUACGGCGCCACUUUCGGCACCGCGAUGAACAACCUCAGCGCCGCCUCGUAUCAAGCACGCUGUCGCGAAAGCAACAUGGAUCUUUUGUUAAGCGUGAAGGCGGAGCUGCUGGACUGGGUAGAGCAACUCAAGCAGACCUGUGAUCAGCGCGAGCACCUCGCUGCCUGGCAGAACUGCAUGCUGCAGGAAGAUGUGCUACAUCGGUAUCAGCUGUGCGUGGUGCACUCCCUUCGAACAACCGCCACCGCCACCGCCUUCACCAGCUCCCACGCUACGCCGCAAAGCCACGCGUCUGCGGUGUCACCGUCAACGUGUUUGAGGUCACCUCUGCACUCUCUAGAAGUAGAUGUGACAAGUCCGGCUCUCACGGAUGGCGGCGCGUCUGCAUUUAGUCCGUCGACGACCCCGAGUGGGGCUCCGCCGCGAUCCCGUCGCGCCAACGUGAGAUGGCGCAUGUCGGGCUCGAUCGCCAACGCCUCCGCUGCGACCGCCGCUGCGCCUACGGUGCCAAAUACGCGACCGUCAUCUGGCAGCGGUGUCGGCAGGGUCGCUGUUGCACCGAGCCCGCACGCCCUUCGCGGUUUGACGGGGCCUGUUGCUUUCCGGCACGACACGUCUCGGCUGUCGCGCGAUGGUGCGGGGUUGGUUGAGGUGCUGGGUGGGUAUUACCUGCCAGAUAAACCGGGAGAAGAGCUCAUCCCUCUGCACGGGUGUUCCUCGACUGAGUCGUACUGCGCGGACACCGCGGCCUCGCUUCCUGGUUGCGCGGAGACCACCGCGUCGUCGAACGCCGCCACACUCGUGGUAGAGUCAAGCUACCUCACCGUGAAGGCUCGCAUGUGUGCACCGGCGUUUAAAGAUCUGUUGCUGUGUCCCAUGGAGCUGAACAAGUUUUUGUGGGAGUCACCGGCUGCCAUUGAAAUCGCCAUGGAGGAGGAACUGAAGGUUCAACAGCAGCAACACGCGCGAUCCACUCGCACCGCGACGGCGGCCACUGCUGCUGCUGCUUCUUCUUCUGUCGGGGUGGUGAAUGAAUCUUUUAACCAGUUCUCUGGCGAUUCCUCCUCUCGCUCCGCACCGCAGUCGCAGUCACAGCAUCAGCAGAACCGACGCCGCCGCGCCGCCGCCGAACAGCACCUCGUGUGCUGGAGUGACGUGGCGAGCAACUUGCUGAUGGGCCUAGAGACGACCUGGACGACACAGCAUCACGACCGGCCCUACGUGCGGGUGCAGACGGCGCUGCUGGAGGACAUGGCGGAGGAGGCGCGAGGCGCCGCACCGGGACCGCACCACGUGCCGCUGACUUCGCGACGGCUCUCGUUAACCGCCGUUGCUGCGGCUGCGGCGGCCGGCGUUGGUGGUGGUGGCACGCCCAACACGGCUGGUCAGCCAAACGAACCAGAGGAGGACGAGGAUGAUGACUCGGCGGAUGAAAGCCAGUCCCUCCCCCUCGGUGCAGCGGGCAAAGGUGGCCAGUGCCAGCGGCGCCGACUGAAUAAACCGGGCAGCAGCACCGACGCCGCGACGUUGCAGCAACGGGCGAUGUUGCUGAGCAGCCUUGGCGCGGCGGCAGAGGCGGCGCUGCGCACCUUGCACGCCCAAGCCGCCGACCACGUCGUCGUCUCCCCGCAGCAGAAGUUCAUUGUCACAAGCAGCAAAGACGGAAUGCUGAAGGUGUGGGAGACGUCUCGCGGCCAGUUUGUGCACACGAUCCUCAACGUGGGACAGACGUGGGUGCUGCACAUGUGCUUCUUGCACGGCGGGGAGUACUUGUUAGUGGCGACCAGCUCGGCGGAGAUCACCGUGAUCAACUUCCCUGCCGGCGGGGUCGUCAUGAAACUGCGGGGGUGCACCUCGUUGGCAACGGCCAUCACCUUUGUGAAGCAGCCCUCCACGGUGAACACGCAGCGAUUCGGCUUGAAGCCCGGUGAUUGUGGACACCACAAACCGGUGACAAAGCAAGGCACGAGCGUCACCGAGUACCACGCAGCGGCGGCGAUGCGGCUGGAGAAGCAGGUGGAGUCGGAAAGCGUGCCCAUCGCUGCUCGCCCGCUCAUCGGCUACGUCGCCCCCACUGCGGCCUUUUACGAGGAGGAAGUGGGCCACUUCUUCUUCGGCACCCUCAGCGGAAUGGUGGGCUGUGUGGACCUGUCCGAGCCGCUCUCGCGUUCCGGCUUGCUGGCCGCCGCGGCGGGGGCGCGAUGGCGGGAGCCGCUGCACGUGUACAACAGCGUCUACGCCCAUCCUGACUUGGCCGCGGAGCGAGAAGGCUCCCCCGCGCCGCCAGCAGCCACGGCAUCCGCACGCGGGUCUCUGGUGCGGGCACGCAGUAUAGUAGGCGGGGCACAGCCGACCAUGGCCCCCACCAGCGGCACGACGCAGCCAGGGCUGCGCGUGAACGGCGUCUUUCACUGCGGGGUCGGGCACUGCGUGAUUUCCGCCGACUGCGCAGGUGGAAUCGUGCGCACGCCCUUCACCGCCGCGGCGGACACCCUCGUCUACUCCCUCGGGGCCCCCGCCACCGUCAUGGACACGGAGAAGCCGAUUCGCUUCAUGGUGUGCUGCCCGGGUGGGCGUCGCUUCGUCACGGUGCACAGCGACCGGCGGGCGUUGCUGUGGGGUGUCGGCCGCACGACGACCGAGGUGGUGCACCAGUACCCGCAGGAAGCCUGCGACAUCGUCGAUGUCUGCUUCCUCACGCACCUCCUGCAGGUGGCGCUGCUCAUGGCAGACCGCAGCAUUCACAUCUUUGACGAGCGCGGCACGCGCUCAACCAGCUCUAUCCAACUCCCGCGUGGCCUCAGCAGCCGUGUGGAGGAUAUCGCGAGCGUGACGCUGAAGUACUCGGCGAACGACGGAGAGGGGUGUCUGGCGUAUCUGCCGAGUGCGCAGCGUAUUGUCUGCGGACUACGCGGGCCGGUGCUGUAUGAGCCUGCGGUGCGAUCUGCCGCCACCGAACGCGGGAUGUCAGCAGCGACUCCAAUGGCAUUCAGGACGGCGGAGGAGGCGAAGCCGCGGCGAGGCAGCGGUAUCAUGGGCACAAGCGACACAUUGAUCGGUGGUGGUGGUGGUAGCGCCUCGCGUCGUGACAGCGCCGCGCUCACAUUUCUCCUGACUGCUUCUGCACCUGCCUCCCCGGCCAAAUCACCCAGCAAUAAAAACCUGUGGACCGACUCCUCGGCAUCGUCCCCGUCUGCCGCCGCUGCGGCUACGGCGGCGGCAGACCGUCGCACUGCGCGGGAUCGCAGGGCCUCCAUCUCCUCCAUGACGAGCUGCGUCAGCGAGUCGAGCGUGAUGGACGACCGCGCACACGAAAUGGCGCAGCGGCGGCAGCGCCGCCAGCUCUUUUCAGCCGCCUUUCUCCGAGCCGAGCAGCGUCUCCUCCCGUACCAAACCCACACCUCCGCCGUCGUCGGCGUCGUGCUUAACGUGGAGGGGGGCGAGCUGCACACGAUCAGCACCGACACGUGGACCACGUGGAAUUUCGAGACGGGGUUACGCGUUCGAGCGGCGGUGCAGGUCCCCGAUGCGGCGGUGCGCGAGUUAGCGCUGCAGCGGCGCGCCUGCCGGCUCACGUGCUGCGCGUGGAGCUCUACCGCGCACACGCGUCUCCUGCUCGGCACCCGCGGCAGCCGCGUCCUCACUCUAGACUCCACCGUCGGCUCCGUCGUGAGCGUGACGGAGUCGCUGCAGCAGGGAGGGCACAAGGCCCUCGAGGACAAGGACGUGGGCGUCAUUGCGUGCUGCGGCACCCGCACCCUCCUCUGCAGUGGGCGGGUGUGCGAGGUGCGCCGCUACGAGCUGACCGGUGCCCCCCUCCCGAGUGGCGAGGAGAGGUUUGUGUCGAUGCAGGUGCAUCUGCCGUCUUCCACCGCUGCGCUCAGUGCCGGCGGUGCGGAGUUAACAGGCCCGGCGAGCGAGGGGAAAGGGCGCGAGAGCAGGGACCGAGGAGGGAGCAGCUCCCCGGCAUCGUGUGCGCAUCCAAGCAACGGCGGCGCCGGCCCCAGCUCUACCGAGCCGAUGAGCGGCGCCAACACCGUCACCACCACCAUCACGUCGUGCUGCGUGGUGCGGGAGUCGUACCUGUGCCUCGGCACCAGCGACACACAACUCUUCUUUUACCGAAUGGUGGCGAAUAGUAGCCCGAUCCAGGUCGAGGUACUGCGUGACACAACUGGGGAGCCGGAUGUGGGGCGGGUUAUCGGCCUUUACUACGUACACAACAAGACGCAGGACCUGCUGCUGGCCGUGGUGGACACCGGCGCGCUGUACGUUUACUCCUACACGCUGCAGCGCAUGAUUACCCGCUACAGCUUCCCUUGUCUCGGUACAAAUUUGAUGCGCAUACCCACCUCGGCGGAGCGGAGAGGGCGGCCGGCACCGUUGCAGCCGCAGCGGCCGCAUUACUUGACGAGCGUUUCGCUGACGGACGACGCCACAAGCAGCAAAGGCCCUGCGGCAGCUACAGCGCCGUCGUCAACGGGGAUCUCCACCGUCUCUGGCACCUCGCAGCGCCAACUCAUCCUCUGCUGUGGCGACUCCGCUGGUUAUGUCCACGUCGUCUCUCUCAAGGGUGUUUUCAUGGACGCUGCCGCCGCCGCCGUCGCGGGUCUCGGCUCGAAGCUGGCGACGAAGAACCGAGCGGUGCACAUCGUCGCGUCAUUCCGCGCAGCCACGUCUGGCGUGUCAGCGCUGGAGACGAUGAAGUGGAACCAGAUGAGCGCGCCGGGUGUGGCGGCGGCGGCGGUGCAGCCUGACGGUUCGCCUACGAGGUCGCCGGACUCCCCGUCGUCUACGGAUGCUUCUACUUCCCUCGUCCUCUUUGCCGGCAGCUUCGACGGGAACGUGCGCGUCUUUUGCCUGCUGCUGCCGCCGUCAAACUCGAUCACCGCCGCUCCGCACCGCUCUAGCUCAGGGACGAGUAGAGUGACGGCGGCGUCGCACGGGUCUCCGUCACCUCUCCUGUCUUUCUCCGUCGCGGCGGUGCAAAAGGCAGGCGCCUUCACGCCCGCUGCCGGUGUAGCGCUCGCGCCGCCGCUCACAGGACCGCUGGGAAUGGCGCCUAUUUUGCGGGGUCCGCGUGCGCUUGGCGACGGCACACCCUACAGUGCGACGAUCCUCUCCAGCGACCUCAAGAGUGAGGGGACGAACUACAACGUGAAGGACAGCAGCGGAGGCAACGGCGGACCCUUCACACCGGUGCCGUCCUCGUCGCUCACCUCUCACCAGGCGAUGUGGCUGGUCAACACGCUGCCGCAGUUAGCCGCCGACAGCAGCAACUCUGCAAAGCGCAGCAACACGCCGACGACGAAUAGCGGAGUGGUUAGUAGACCUGUCCCGAUGACGGUGGGACUGUGCGGCGCGGACACGUGGGACCUGUAUGAGCUGAACACCUUCUCUGAUGUCAAGCAAGCUCUUUGGGCAGCAGACUUUGUGGAGGAGCAGUACGACGAGGAGGGCGAGGGAGCGGAGGAGAAGACACGGCUGCCCAGUAUAAUGGAUGACAAGAAUGAAAGCCGGCCGAAGGAGGGGGAGACGCCGACGCGUGCUGCGGCAGCUGACUCUGCGAAGAAGGACAAGACCGGUGUCACUGCUGCCGGUGCUGGUGGGGGUUAUCCCGGCGCCGAUCCUCGUGAAGGCAGCGCGGUUUUGCUGCGGGAUGUGCUGCGCCGAUCUAAGAAGCGCCUGGCAACGCACGGCGUUGUUGCGGCCAGCACGAGUGUAGGUGGCACAGCGGACGUCGCAAGUGCGCCCGCAGCAGUGGCGGUAGCAAGGCGGAAGAGCAACACGGAAGCGACGGCGGCGACGAGAGAUGAGGCCGCGCUGCGCAGCACGCCGAUGCAUAACGCCUAUGAAAAGGUAUUCGCUGGCACCGCCCCUGCCGUGACGCCUGGAAAGGCACGAAGGGGAAAGAAGCUGGCGACACUGACAGCGACCUCACGUCUGCCUUCUGCGCCUUCGUCGCACGCGUCUCCCGCCGUCAGUGGGGCCGGCAGCCACGUCGGCGAAGCUGCUCUCCUUUUUAAACCGCACACGCUGGAUGAACUUGUCAGCGGCGCACACCCAAGCACGUCCAAAAAGUCGACGUUCCCUCCCGUUAAAACUCAACUCACUGCGAGUGGAAUAGCCGCCGCCGCAGCAGCAUCGACGCCCAGCUUGAGCGAAGAGGGCGACUUUGGUCUGUCCAGCACGACGGCCAUCGCUCCUAAUGACACGGCGGCGCUGAACUCUAGCCUGGGCCCGCAGCGGAGGCCCUUCCCCUUCAAAACCCAACAGAACCCCCUCCUGCACACCUACCCGGUGGCGCUGCUGCGACAGAUGGGCGUGAUGCCUCCUCAGGCCGAGCCCCCAGACGUUGACCCGGUCACGCAGAAGCCAGUGGAGCUCUCCGCGCAAGAAGCGUUUCAGCGGUGGGGAAGGACAACCUCUGCCCCGACCAACCCCCUUCUCUCCUCGACGGGCGAGAUGCACCUGCUCCCCGUGGCGACGGCGCACCUGCCCACCUCUGCAAACGCCGACCCGCUCGCACCGCCAAGCGGCCCGCUGUCCGACGCGCGUGGCAGCGAUGAGACUGUCGCGGGGACGGAGCGGACGUCCGCGUCAUCGUCCGCGACCUCGUCCUGCUAUUUCCACUAUAACAAUGCCGUCGCUGCUGCUGCCGCUGCUGUGGGUGGUGGUGAUCGUGAUGCGGAAGACGCUGACGGCAGUCGUCGCUACGUCGAAUCCGUCUCGCAUCUGCUCUCGUCUCUGCGGGGCGGCUGCCAAACCGUUGAGAAGCGCGACAGCGGGUCCACCGAGCGCGAGACCGCCGCGCCGGACACCGACGAUGGGGACGACUCCAGCGGCGGUGCCGACAACGCACUGGAAGAAGAGAGCGUCGACGAGGGGGGCGAAGAGGCGGCGGAGGAGCCGGAUCUGCUGUCGCCUUCUUCAUCCGCGGAGGAGGAAGGCGACAAGGCAAAGGCGUCGACGUUUCUGACUGAGGGCGCGGCGCAUGGCCAACCAGUGGCGCGCCACCCGCGCUUCACCAUCGUGCCGUCUACUCCCAUGUCCGUCACCUCCACCAUCACCCGGCGCAGCACGGCGACCACGGCCCCCACGGCGACGGCGACGCUCACCUCCGCUGGCGAGGCCGGCAUACCGGCAACGAAACUAGGAAAGAAAUCACAGCAGUCACCCUGCGCCAUCUCUGUAUCCGCGACGGAUGCACUGCAGUCCUCCGUCUUUAACGUGUCGCCCAUGACGGAGGAGGCGAAUGAGCGGUGGAUUGCGGCGCAGCAGGCGCAGUCGCCGUUUGGCGCUCCCAGUGAGGCACUGCGACCGCGACGGUCACGCGCGUCGUACAUCAACACGGACGCCGGCGGCGCCUCAAUGACAGACCCGCCGCCAACGGCAUCGUCGCCGAAGCACUCCCGCGCUCAGCGUGAACGCACCUUGCUCCGCGGUGCACUGCAGGAUUUGGAUCCGCAAGUGCUAAAGAUACGGGAAGAGCAGAUGAUGCUGUGCCACGCUGCCGGCCAGAUCGAUCGUGAGCUGCGUCGGCCCAUGGGGGCGGCGUCUUCUGCACGUCGUUCGAGAUCGUCGAUGGGUUGCACGCAGCAGCCCGGCGCAGCCUCCGCACAGAGCUACGACGCCUCCAGCGGCAGCUCCAACACGGUCAACAGCAGCACGCGAAGGAUGGGCGUGGGCGAGUUCACGGCGCGGCUGCUGCGGGUGUGGCGGCAGCGCUCCGGCGAUACAGCGGUGGAGGCGUCCGCGGCCCUCAUGCAGCAGCUGCAGCGGCCUCCCUCCAGCAGUUCACACGCCGACGAGGCCACCAACGCGUCGAUGUCCCGUCGCUCUUUUGCGGACUCGCUGGUGUUGCCGAAGCGGCACAGUAAUCGAGGACAGCUGCCAGGCAUUGCCUCCCACGACUCCGGCCGGCUGCCGCCGAAUGUGAUGAUGGCGCUUGCAGCCGCCCGGCAGGCCACGCCUGGGGCGGGUUUUGGAUUGGAUCUGUUGAUCCUGACGGUGCCGUGUGAGCCGCCACAGCUGACCCGGCGGCGCCCAGUGCGGGCAAACACAAACCCCAGCCUCCUCGCGGCCUCCGCUGCUGGGCCACCGCCACCAUCGUUUGUCACCCCCGCGCGGUCAGCUCGGUCCCUGCCGCGGCUUGGUGUUCAACAGGAGCUGCAUCCCGUGCAGGUGGCGCUGCCGUGCACCUUGCAAAAGGACGAGAGUGAGCGACUGCGGCUGCGGCGCUUUGAGGCUGCGGUAAACACGAGAAGCGGCAAAGGGCGGCGGUAA